GUGGUUAUAAAUGCUAAGUACAGGAGUUCCACCGCCUUCAUGUUAUCUCCAGUCCUCUAUUGGACACGCAUGGAGGAGGGAGGCGUGAUACAGGAGAGAAGAAGGACUUUAUAUGAGGCUGUAUCUGGUUUCGGUGAAAGCCUGUAGAUUUCCUGUAUAGGCCUGAGCUGCAGAGUAUUCAACAAACAAGGUGGUGAAUAUAAGUCUGUAAAAUGUGUUAGUGCGCAGUAUAUUUUUUUCAUGAAUAGUGAGGCAGUGUUGUUGGAUUUAAAUCAACGAUCUUUUUCCUUCUGAAGUGGAGGACGUGAAGACCUGUAAAGGUAAAAUGUCCAGAGUAAAGAAUGACUUUAAACUUACCACCGCUGAUGACAGCGAGAGGGUUGGUCGUGGUCACGAUGUCACCCUCCACUGUCACCUCUCCCCCAAAACCAGUGCGGUUGUCAUGACGAUCAGGUGGUUCAAGGGGACAGAGUGCAUUUACCUGUAUAACAAUGGCCAGGUGACAGAGAGCGUUGGCUACGAGGGCAGAGUCAGUCUGAUGACGCCUGAGCUGGAGGGAGGCAACGUGUCCCUGAGGCUGAGAGACUUCAGGAGGUCAGACGUAGGGCGGUACAGAUGUCAGGUCGUCCACGGAGAACAGAAGGAGGAGGCUGCAGUGGGUUUAGAGGUCGCUAGUGGAUCACGAUUGGACUUUGCUAGGUUAUAUGGAGCGGCUUUGGGACAGGUCUCUGAAGUGGGCCAGCCAGAACCCGGACUUAAACCCGAUUCAACAUCUCUGCAGGGACCUGAAAAUAGCUGUGCCACGACGCUCCCCAUCCAACCUGACAGAGCUUGAGAGGAUCUGCAGAGAAGAAUGGGAGAAACUCCCCAAAUACAGGUGUGCCAAGCUUGUAGCGUCAUACCCAA